AUGCCCAUCCUCGUAUUCACAACCCAUCACGCACGCCAUUCUAAGUCAAGAGACUUUGAAAUUCUUAUGCAGAUGGAAUUAGUUGUUAAACCUGCGCAGCGACAGGAAAUGAUGGGCGGACAUGACCGUAAAACCCUCAAAGGAAAUCUACGCAAGACAUCGGCGAAUGCUUUCGAUGCCUGUGCGAAAGAUUGGUGGAAAAUUCGGCAACAACAACUCGAACCAAUCUCAAACAUCUUCAAUGUGUUUGUGAUGGCAUUUGGCGCCUCAGACAAAGUCGGAGACCUUCCUUUAGAAGUUAGUCGACGGAGUCCGACUUUAUAUGGAGAUCUUGUACAAUCAUCGGCACUGCUUGAAGACCAUGAAUAUAAGGGUCUCUGUGAACGGGCUGGUACUCAAAAGAGAGACGGUUGCGCACUAAUCAAAAGAGGUAGUAGAAGGGGCGGUAAAGGCGGAAUUAUUGAGGCAGUCCGAUUAGGUGGGGUACCCGCUUAUAAGGAAAGGGUCCAGGAACUAAGCAAGCAGUAA